CAUUCUCAGCUAGGUAUUUCCAGUGCAUCUCAACUGAAAUUAGUCUAUUAUUUAAACUUUAUUCUGCGUGGAGUUCGAAUCUUGUUAUAGAAGUAAAAUGCGUUUCAAGACCAUAAUAUUAUUGUUCGUUGCUUGUAUUAUGCGGGCGGAGACGGCUUGGAACGGCUGCACAAUAUCACAAAAGUUGGACGUAGCGAUUAUAUACGAUGCCUCAGAGUCGAUGGCGAACGGGGACAAUUUGAAGAAAUUGAAAGACUAUAUGUCCGAAGUUGUGAAGAUAUUCAACAUUCAAACAAGAGACCCAACUCGUGGCGUUAGGUUGGCAGUUUGGGGCUACACGUAUACGCCUCAUAUCCAAUUCGAUUUUGAGUCGUGCGUCACCGUAGAGCACGCUCUGACGGCGAUUAGUAGGAUUCGUCCUAUGGGAAAGACCGGAGUACAUGUUGCAAAAAUGUUUGAAUUUGCAGCGAAUAACGUUUUCACUUCAAACCUUGGAUCUAGAGUUACGGACCCAACUAUAAAAAAGGUGGCAAUUUUGAUAGUGGACUCGGAGUUGGUGCCUCAUACGGUAACACCAGCAACGAUAAAAGCUCGCCUGCAGUCGAAGAAAAUUGAGACUUACGCAAUAGCUAUAGAAGAUGGGGGAAUUAAAGCUGCUGCACUCACUCCCUAUAUGCCCACACCCCACUCAACACCGCUCCAAGUGGCGACAAAAAUGGCAUUGGUGACGUUUACUGGAGUUCGGGAAAAUUUAAAACUUCGUCAUGGUUGCAGUAAAUGCUUUCCUAAUCCAUGUAAGAAUAGUGCUCCAUGCAAAGAAAAAGCGACUUCGCCGUUCUAUAAAUGCGAAUGCAUCGCAGGAUGGGUUGGAACGAAUUGUUUAACACAAGAUCCAUGCCAGCUCUGUCGUAGCAACAGGGGAACUUGCAUUCCAAGUGGUUCCAAGAAUGUUUGCAAAGACUGUCCUCCCGAUAAAAUUGGUGAAUACUGCCACCUACCGAACCCUUGUCAUCCGGCCCCAGGACCAUGUAAGAAUAGAGCAACAUGCAAACCGAAUGUUCAAACCUUGAAUGCCUAUGAUUGCGUCUGCGUGGGGGAAUUCACUGGUAAAAAUUGCGACAAGACAAAAACACCGAAAGAUAUCUGCGUAGGGCAUAAGUGCAGUGGAUACAAAUGCGUAGCGGUACAAGGCAAACCUACUUGCGCCUGUCCAGCAAACUGCAAAGCGAAGCCUGACUGCUCUGUUUGUACGCCGGUGACACCAUGUACUCCUAACCCUUGCUUAAAUGGCUGCCAAUGCAAAUUAUCAGCGAGGCAUGAAAGCGGUUUCUUGUGCUCUGGAUCUAAAGCCAAUCUCGGAAGACUAUGUGAUAUUGCACCUGCCGAUAUAUUAUGCGGACCUACGGUCAUUGAAGUGAAGGUUCCUGAAUCUGUCGUCAAAGCGUAUGAAUCUGGGGUAAAAGGAGCGAUUGCGUAUUUCUAUCCUACGGCUGGAAACACUCAUAGUUGUGUAGCAGUCUAUGAUUCUGGUUCAAAGAAAUAUGUUCUGAAGAUUCCGGCGCCAUUUUCAACAUGUGGAACAAAGAAAAAUGCCAUCACUGGAGGGUUUGAGUACACCAACAAUGUAUGGAUGAAUCGUAAGAGCAAUGUGAUUGACAUGCCGGUACCAGUUCUGCAGUUCAAAUGCACGUAUGGUGGAAGUCAGACGGUUAUCAGUACUUCGAUACAACCAGCGCUCCCACCCGCCAAUGCCAUGCCAGUCAUCACAAAUUCGGGCAAAUUCAAAGUCAUCAUGAAUGCGUACACGAAAGCUCCUGGCGCCGCAGAUAGACAGAAGCUUACUGGCGGAUCUGUUUACACGGUUGGUCAGAUCGUCUAUCUCACUGCAGAACUCGAGAUUUCGAAUAAGCCUACAUCCGGGAAUUUGGUGCUGAAGAUAAUCGAUUGUUACGCAACACCCAGUCUUAACUCUUUGACAGGAAAAUUAGAUUUGGUUAAGCAAGGAUGCCCCGAAAAGAGCGUUGGCGUUAAAAUCCACGGAACAACACUGACUUCUAGCGCCACCGUCGGGUUUCGUACAUUCAAGUUAUCAAAGAGUCAAUAUGUCUACUAUACCUGCAAAGUCGAUGUCUGUAAUACGUUGGAAGCAACAUGCAAACUUCCUACCAACUGCGCAACAACUGGUCGUCGCAAGAGAGAUGUCGAAUCUGGCAACCCUGAUGAAAAUAAGAAUCUUGUCAGCGUGGGACCUUUGAUUAUUCUUACCAAGAACGAGAAAGAGAAACUCUCGGAAUCUCUCGCUGAUCCAGACCAACCUGUUUACAUAUCUGGGGAGCUGAUUUCCUUGGGAGGUAAAGAUCUGACGACAACCGGAUCACCAUUACCAGACACCGCAUCUCAUGAUCUUCAACUAGUCCUGGUGUCCCUUGCCAAUUUCGUUGUUUUAGUCUUAUUCUCCAUCUGCGCCCUUUGCCUCGUCCUUGCUAGAAAGAAGCGAAAUCUUCCCGCCUAAAUUGUACCGCCACUCAGUGUAAAAUAAUACCCA